CGCGUCGCGACGCACUGGUGGAGACGCGCGUAUCGACGGCCGCGGCGAUAUUUUGCCACAGGUGCCCCCGUUACUUUGGCCAGUGAUCGGUUUACAAUUUUAAUGUGUCGUGCCACUUUUCUCGCUUUAUGCCUAUCAAUGUGAAUAAUUAAAUUGCAAAUCUGACAUCCUGAUAAAAACUAAAAUAGGUGCGUUACGUGUUUUAAAAUAAGGGUUUCCGUGCAACAAUUAGUGUGAUUAUAGUGUUUUGUGUUUAAAUAAGAAUCGAUAAUAGUUAAUACAGUGUUUAAAUCAAUGUGUAAUUUGAGGUAUUAGAUGAUAGUUACAAAUUGAGUGUUGCCACGAUGGUGUUUUAUAACGCAACCAUAAACCUGCGGCCGCCGCCUCUUAACGGCACGGCGUCGGAGGAACAGGGUGACAACUGGUGGGGCCUUUCGGCCAUAGGUCUGGCCAUCGGCACGGCCUGCGGCAACAUCCUGGUUUGCCUGGCCAUUUGUUGGGAGAGGAGGCUGCAGAACGUCACCAACUACUUUCUCAUGUCGUUGGCCAUCACCGACCUCAUGGUCGCCAUCCUGGUGAUGCCUUUGGGGAUCCUCACACUCGUAAGAGGUUAUUUCCCGCUCCCCUCGAUCUAUUGCCUGGCCUGGAUCUGCCUGGACGUGCUCUUCUGCACGGCCUCGAUAAUGCACCUGUGCACCAUCAGCGUGGACCGCUACCUGUCGCUGCGCUACCCCAUGAAGUUCGGCAGGAACAAGUCGCGUCGCCGGGUCACCUUAAAAAUCGUCUUCGUGUGGCUGCUGUCGAUCGCGAUGAGUCUGCCAUUAAGCCUCAUGUAUUCCAAAGAUCAAGAUUCGUUGAUAAUAGACGGGACUUGUCAGAUUCCUGAUCCUUUGUACAAGUUUAUUGGGUCUAUAAUUUGUUUCUACAUCCCCCUGCUGGUGAUGUUGGUUACUUAUGCACUGACGGUACGACUUCUGGACAGCCAAAAGCAGAACUUAGGCGCCCCGGACUGGUCCAGCAACUGGAUGGGCGGCCCCACUUCCACACCCCUAGAGAGAAGAUGCACGUGGAGGAAGCUGCUGAACGCGACAGGCCGUGGGAAGCCGAGCACGCCGCAGCACGCCCACUCGGGCGCCUCCACCGACACCGAGCUGACCACGAUCGACACGCACGAGCUGUGGAUCCAGGAAUCGGAGCCGACACCCUGCACGAUGUCGGCGUUGGGGGCUUUCGGUGCGGAGAUGCUGAAGCUGUCCCGGGGCCUCGAGGCGGCCUCCAACCUUAUGGGGGCCCCGUCUCCGAGGAGUUCCGGCCGGAACACGCUCAAGAUCGGGUCCGGCGACAGCCUGGCAGACUCCCAUUCAUCCCUCCUGACCACCGAGUCGUCCCCGUGGCAGUCCAAGCGCCGCAGAGCGUCCACCUUCCACGAGGGAGACUCGAGGGACGAGAGCCCGUCGCCUCGUUGGCGCAAGCGGGGCGGUAGCUUUCAGGAAGUCCGAUCGGACGUGUCAUCGGAAGAUCGCUCCGAGGCCACGGAAAGCAACUCCUUUCCGCUCCCACCGCCGUGCACGUGCCCCUACUUCGGUGAAAAGCCCGCCAACAAUAAAUCCCCCGUCCCCAAACCGACAACGGAAGUACGCAUCGUGCCGAGCGAUAAAUUGUCCACCGGCGGCAAGAUGGUGGGCCUGGACGUGGAUAAGCCCUCAUCUCCGGCCGUUUCCCCCAACAAAAAGGCCCUGCUCAACCGCAACAGAACCGACAACAACACAGGCAACAAUGUUAUCGUCACGUGGGAGUCCCGGAAGAGUCACCGAAGAGGCUCCAGUUUCGGCAACACGAGGACGACAAUUUUGGGAGGUAAUUUGUCGCCGGGCACCCAACGCACCCCGUUGUUACGCCGAUCGGCCACGUUGCGUCAAAACGGCCACGGAGGAGGCGCCACCUUGGUGGACCGCAACAAAAACCCUUCGUCGCCGUGCCUGCUGCAACGCUACAACUACAACUCCACCAGCACCUCCAACAUCACGCGCAGCGUGCGCUCCCACCACAGCCGCAACUCCAGCGUCAUCUCCAGGAACUCCUCGCGCCACGGACGGAUCAUACGGCUGGAGCAGAAGGCCACCAAAGUGCUGGGGGUGGUGUUCUUCACCUUCGUCAUACUGUGGGCGCCGUUCUUCAUACUCAACUUAUUGCCCACCUUUUGCUCCGAGUGCGAGAAGAACUUAAGUAACUGGGUGAUGCAGCUGGUCACGUGGCUGGGCUACGCCAGUUCGAUGGUGAACCCCAUCUUCUACACGAUAUUCAACAAGGUGUUCAGGCAGGCGUUCAAGAAGGUGCUGAUGUGCCGUUACAGGCAGACCGCCUGGCGGCCGCAUAGGUGACAAGUGAAGCAGCAGACCAAAAAGAAGAAAAAGACUAGUCUUUCACUCGGUGUCAAGCUGUAAUUGUGCGGGCAGACGGCGUCCACCCCUGCUCUCGGUGCACAUCAAGGUGAACGCGGACACCGCCCUGGAGUUGACGGGGAUAAUCGUGGCGUACGGCGAACGAGACAGCGUGUCAUAAAGAAAAUUGCAUUGUGAUGAAGUUUGAAUGGGAUUAUUGUGACAGUGAUGAAUGAUUUAUCGCACGGGCGUCUGUUUGGGGCGCAUGAAAAACUGGGAAUUGUGAUAGCCGGCGAAGGGUACACACAGACGAGUGUAAACAAAAACCGAAUGCACACACACACACACACACUCACAGGGAGUUGUCGCAACUGCACAACAAUUAAACCUGCGGCAUGAAUACAUAUGCGGACUACAUGUGUCAAUAUAACGUUUAAUGAUGAUGUGUUUUAUUAUAAAUGUAGAUAUGUAAAGUGUUUCUAUUACAAGCUUUCACAGACAAACGGAAUUUUCAUUUAAUUCGUGUUUUACACACGAUUCAGGGCCAGAAAUUAAUUCCCCAAGGAGACUGUAAGGGCUAAAACAAACAUGAAAAAUUGACAAACUGUCUGGCAUAGAACAAAAGCACGGGGGGGAGCUUCUAAUGGAAUCACUAGAAAAUCUUGUACAUAUAAUGCGAGUCAAUUAACUGGCGAAUAAAUUUAUUUUUCUCACGUGCCGCGUCUGUUCAAAUACCGCAAUGCUAAUGAUAUUUGCCAGACGGAUUAAAACGAUAUUUAUUCACGGGCCUUUUAAAUUAAUUGACUUGCCUCCUUUCCUAAAUUCCUAAAACCAUAUCAAGUCGCUGAACUGUUUUUUGUGUACAUAUCUCUCUCAUUGUACAUAGAUAGAAUUAAUUUGUUUUUGCGUUUUAACUUGUUAAAAGGGUCGGAGAAAAUCACGAAGGGGAACCGCAGGUUUUAAAAUUAAUUAAAAACGUACGGUGGAUUUAAAGCCAAGUGGACAGUAUCAAAGUCCGUUUCAAAUUGUCGAGGUUUUCUUCACUUCUAUUCUAUAAAACUACUAUUAUAUAUUUUAUAUACGUUAAGCGGUGAAAGAAACCAAUCGUAGCAUGGAUGUAAAGAAAGAGAAACUCUUGUAAGUACUUGCGCCUGUCCUAUGCUACAACGCACUGAGAUUCCUUGUGAUAUAUAAAGAAAGAACUUAGUUUUAAGUACAAAAUCCGGUCCCGGGGACCGUAAUCAUUGGGGAAAAAAUGCUUCUACUAAUAUAUAAAGAUUGUAUAAAAGAUAAUGUUUAUAUGUUGUGUACAAAAACUAUAAAUCGUAGCAUAGAAAUGUUGAUAAUGUCAUAAAAUUUAGAAAAUAAACGGUAUUCUUAAAAUCGCUUGUUUUAUUUAUAGAAAAACCAAUUAUCGUUUCCACUCCUCCCACAG